AUUAAAUACCCCCACGAAACUCCAAAUUAAAGCAACCCUUUACACCCCGCCAAAUCCGCGCUCCUCAAUUUCUCAAUUAGGGUUCAAAAAUCUCUCCCAAUACCCCUUCGAUCGACAAUGGAGAACAGCAACGAUAACAUCAACACCGCCAUCACCACAAACACCAACAGCAGCAUUGUAUCGGUGGAGAAUUUGAAUAAUGUAGUUAAUUGGGUCGGCGCCACUGUGAUCUCCGCCUUCUUUUCUUCUCUUGAGCGCUUCUCUUGCGUCAAUGUUGCCACCAUGGAUCCUGAUGACGAUGACGAUGAGGCACAAGAUCGUCCUCUCGCUCUCUCUACUAAUCAGCACCUCCAACACAACGACGUUGCUAAUCUCCCUGUUUGAUCAUUGGAACGGUAUCUUCUCCAGCAUCGCGUUAAAAAAGAAAAAGAAAAAGAAAUCAAGAUUUGAUUUUUAUUGCUGGGGACCUUUCUUUCUUUUCUUGUCAGGGUUUUAUGAAAACACAAAAUUGUGAUAACGUUUGAUUAAUUCCUAUUGUAUUCAUUCUGUUUCUGUGAAUUGAAUGAGUGUACUUUAUUU